AUGCUGUAUACUAAAUCAAAAGAGGAUUGUCUUAGGUACAAGGAGUCAAAGAAAAAGACAAAGACAAAGAAGAAGAGGAAAGUAGAUAAGACAGUUGAUUCUGAAGUCAGUGCAGAGGAAGCAGCCCUCAAGAAAAAAAAGAAAGACACAUUAAAGGAAAACAAUUCUGACAAAGCAACAUCGUCCACCAGUCAGGAUAACCACUACCUUCCCAAGAGGGGGAUCUGUGUAGAUAAAUGUUGUUAUAUUGUUGCUGAGAACCCAGAAAACUUCACAGUCCCACGGGGCUAUGUCAAAUUUGUGGAGGGCCACGACAUCUACAUUGAUGCAAAGUGGAUGGCCAACAUCAAGAGUCUUUUUAGGGGGAAGACAAAACCUCACUGUUUGAAAUUAGUAAUGAAUGGCUUUUAUGAACCGAAAGAGUUGCAGAAAAAAACUGCAAUGAUUUUGUUGCAGACACCUCUUGGACAGGCUUUGAAAGCAUUUGCAAUCACAGCAUUGGGAAUGGACAACACAGACAUUGUGAAAGCCAUAAACACAAAGAUUGGAACCAUGUGCCGUGCUGUGAAAGAAAACAGACUAUCUAAGUAG